ACACAGCAAAGCAAAGCAAAAUAGCCAUUGACUUCUGCGUUUUACCUUAAAAACCGAUCAGAAUCCAUUAUCAGAAACUGAAGUUUAGUCUCUUUCUCUAUACUUCAUUUAGCUGAAGAGAGGAAAAGAGUAUGGCAAAAGAUAGGAAGAUAGGGGUGGCAGUGGACUUCUCUCAAGGCAGCAACAUAGCUCUGAAAUGGGCCAUAGAUAAUCUACUUGACAAGGGGGACACACUCUUCUUCAUCCACGUCAAGCCUUCCCAAGGAGACGAGUCUCGCAACCUGCUCUGGUCGGCCACUGGUUCACCUUUGAUUCCAUUAGAGGAGUUUCGUGAUCUGGAUGUGGCCCAGAAGUAUGAGAUCAACCUUGAUCCUGAGUUCUUGGGUAUGCUUGCCACUGCUUCUAGCCAGAAAAAGGCGAAGAUAAUAGCAAAGAUUUACUGGGGUGAUGCAAGAGACAAGCUUUGUGAUGCAGUUGCAGAGUUGAAGCUUGAUUCCUUGGUCAUGGGGAGCAGAGGCCUUGGCACCAUCCAAAGGACAUUUCUGGGGAGUGUGACCAACUAUGUGAUGGUCCAUGCAACUUGCCCUGUGACCAUCGUUAAGGAUCCGAGCAGCCAUGGCUUCUGAUUUCAUUUCCUGAAUCUGAUCUUACACAAACCGAGGUGGGUUCAUGGAUUCUCCCCAGAAAUCCUCUGUUGAGAUCAUCUUCAAAGACAGUGGUGGUAUGUACUAGUGUUCUUUUUAGUAUUGCUUACUGUGUGUUCCAAGUAUUAAUUCAUUUGCCCUUUGUUCUUUGUAUUGAUUGCAUAAGUUUCUGCAAAUCUUCAAGUCCCUUGUACCAAUAUCAAUAAACAGAUUUUGUAGUUUUAUGAUGUCACAAA